UGAAAACAAAAAUGUCGCGACUGCUGUUCACGUUUGUGUUGCUAAUCGGUGGUACGACAUGCCAAGUGGAUUUGAAAAACUAUUUUGGAAAAUGUAAGAUGGGAUCGACCGCAUUCGAUACCUGUGUGAAAGAAGGAAUGAACUCUUUAAACCCAUACUUUAAACAAGGCUUGCCGGAAUAUGGUGUGGAUCCGUUCGAUCCUUUCUACGCAACCGAAGUGCGUCAGAAGAGAAGUAACGCCUUUUUCGACUACAAACUCGUCCUCAGGAAUGUCACAGAAUCUGGGUGGACAGAAUCGCAAGUUACAAAAUUUAGAAGCGAUUUGCCUAAAAAUACGGUCCAUGUCACGCAGUUCUUUCCCGACAAGCGUCUUGAUGGUUACUAUGAAAUCGAGGGCACAUUCCUUGGUCAGAAAAUUAAAAAUUCGGGUUCCUGGAAUCUUAAGCUGUUCGACUAUGUGCAGACGCUGACAGUGAUGAGAAAGCCUGCGAGGGACUUGAGAGGCAAUCCCGUAAAGCGACCGCCACUGAAAGUGAAAUGCAACAUUCAGACUUGCAAAAAGUUAGAAUUGCAUAUAGGCAAUUUAGCUGGGGGUAGGACGAUUGUGGAAAACAUGCUCGAUUGGAUAAUCAACAACGCGUGGCAACCGGGUUUCGUUAUUAUGGCGCCAUUAAUCAAUGAUUUGGUCGGUACCGCCUUCACCGAAAUUUUCAACAAGGACUUCCAGUACUUCCCGUUCGAGAGCGUGUUUGCGCGUUGAGGAUUCCCGAGUGUUGAAAUUGUGCGCUUGUGGUUUUUCGCUUCCGCUUUGCAGACGCGUAAACAAAAAAAUACGCAACCGCAAGUCUGAAUAAUGGCUCGGUGCAAAGUGUCUCCCGUAAUCGCAACCUGUAGAUAUUCUAAGUACGAUAUUAGUGUGACUUUUCCAACGCUUCUUUAUUUUCAAAAGAAGAAAAUUAAACUAGACUUUGGUCAGCAAAUUUAACGGUUUUUACAUAAAAUGUUUCCUUCUGUUUCUGCCUCCUUAUUGGGCAUGAAUUACAGUAACCAAUGCGACAAGAAUAUUUGCUGCUCUGGUCAAGCAAAAGUUGGUUUCUUUAAUGGGAUACCGUCAAAUCAUCAUUAUUAUUAUUAUUCAUCUUGUUUUUGGCUUUCCAAAAUUAUGUACUAGUUUUAUUUUAUUUUGUAUUUGGCAGUUUUGUAGAAAAAUAACACAGUUUUAAGUCGACCCUGAUUACCAAAUUGCAAUCAAACGAAAGUUUCAAAAAAUUUAAUUAUUUCACUUUAUAGGUAAAAGCAAGGCGAAAAUAAUACUUCAAACUUUUAAAAUUUAUUUUUGUUAGCUAUAACUGUAUGCAAAAUGUUGAGUAUUAAUUAGAUCAAAUUAUGUUUCAAAUUAUGUAAAAUGUAUAAAUAUUGCUAUAACUUUUUGUAAUCUAAUGAGUGCUAUUGUAAAAUGCAUAAUGAACCAAGAAAUAUGUUUCCCCAUUAAAAAGCAGUUAAUUAUACUUGACAGUGAUGGGUUCGUCAAAUUUAAUAGACUUUCAAAUAAAGCAAACUUAAAUAGAUAAGGAGUACUGGUACUCAUUCAAGUAAUGAAUUAUUUAUAUUAUUUUUGCUAUUACAGCAUUUUUUAAAUUAAAUGAAGUAUCAUUUUAAAGGAAAAACUUUUCCUUGAUUCUGAAAGUGGGUGAUGUAGAAAUCGCCGUCAAAAUCCCUCAGCAGCAGUGCUUUAAGUAAAGUUUUCAUCAUACAAAAUUAAACCCAUUGUUAUAUUUUGAGUUUAAACGUUAUGAAUCAUACUAAUAGCUGUUUGAAUUCAUUUGAUUAAUAAAAAUUCUUAGGUAAAUGACAUAACCUGUUGCGAAAUUCUAAAAAAAAUCGAAUUUUGAAAACAUACAUGUGCUUGCAUUUUUCUGUUUAUUGCUCAUCAUAAAUGUAUAUUUUCUCUUUGUUUUGUAGUAUGGCGUAAAAUCGUCCUAACAGCGUAACUUAAUUGCUGAGUUAAAAUUUUGACAAUUCGAAACAAAAAGUCCUCGGGCUUUGGCUUUGGGAAAUAACAAAACAAUUGUUUUUGCUUUUCAACAAACGGCCACAAGAAACAAUUAAAAAGGAAAAUUUCGCUAUCUCAGACACGUUCAUUGUUUUCCGUAAUGUUUUUAUUGUUCGGGACAUACUUCCCAAGAGGUAUUUAUAUUUUUACAUCAGUUCGACACUAUGUCGUUUCAGCUUAAUGUCAAGUUGCGGAAAGUGUUUCCCGACUAGAACAAUACAAAUUGCUGGAUAAGUUCCCAGUUUAUAAUCCGAUUUAACCGGAAAUUGCUUUAUGUUCCCUUUUUUAUUAUUUCUAUAUAUCUAUAUUGUGAGCGUGCUUACCUCAACAAUACGAUUUACAGGUUGUUUUGCAUACUACCUAUAUCUUUUUAAGUAUUGGUGCUUAUUCAUUGUUGUAGAAUUGAUAAAUUAUUCCUUUUUGCAAAUUCUCAAUUGGGAAUAACAAUUAAACAUGUGAACAGGUCGAAUAAAUUUCUGACAAAUACUUAAUAACAAUAACAAAAGUUUUGGUUGACCGGACAUAUUUUCGUGAGAAUACAGAAGUGUCUUUUUAAAAGUUAACAUAUGUUAGUAGUUAUAUAGAGUAAUUGUGAUACCUACAGUUAUUUCAAGAAAAUGAUUGUAGGCUAUAUAAACCAUAUUCAGAUGUCAAAUUAUUAUGUAUAAUAUUGUUAAUAAACGGCGGUAUUUUAAUCAUAGUAAGUAACUUCACAUACAUAUACACACAUAGUCGAGUGGAAUAUCGGAACAACAAUAGCAACUAUUUGUUAAUAAAAAUAAAAGUGCCCCUGCAAAAUGUUUUGUACUACAAAUGAAACUUUCGCCAUCUACAAUUUUGGGGAUGCAUUCUAGAAGUUUUUUUUUGCUGUAAUUUUCUUCACCUUGUAGGAAAAAAUAACUCUGUUGCAUAUCGCUAUUAUUGUUCCAAUAUUAUUAGUUUAAUUUAAUCUAAAAAAUUGUAAAAGCUAAAAAUUAAUGAAAUAUUCUCUACCAGUCCUUAUGACAUUGAGAGUGGUGAGUUUUUCAAAAAAACAGCCUACUGUAAUACUAUUUACAAAUCUUUUGCAUUCCUCCGCGUCUCUUAUUGAUUACUGGAAUUGGCUUACGUUACUGUUGGCUCCUUAAGCUUCAGUUAUAUGUUAUACGAAUGCAUAAUUUCCUAGCACGAAUAAAUAAUAAACAUAAAAUUAAAAAAUGAAAAAACCUUAUUAACUAGCAGAAAUGGAAUUCUAGGUUGUCUUUGUACAUCAUCCAGCUAUUACCGAAAUUUACAUAAUAAUAUAUAAAAUAAAUCUUUUUGACUAAUUAAAUUUGAAUUCAUAUAACUCCCCCGGUUAUCGCUUUUUUUUAAUACAUGGCGUAGUAUAGACGUAUAGGCCACCGAGCCCCGAUGUCUAAAAUUAAUUUUAGAUUUGCCGGAACGCCACCGUUUUGACGAUGUAUUUUUAAAACGUCAGAACCGAGUGUGUGAACAUCCUGUAUGUUUGCUUCUCUUCGUUCGAAAGAAUUAAAAUAAAAUUAUAUCUCGCAUACGGACUUCUAUUUUCUCUCAGUGAGAUGCAAUAUCACGGGAUCAAUCACUCGGAAAAUGGUCUACAGAUAUUUACUAUGAAUUGAUGCACUUACUCUAAACUUUUCCCGUUGGUAGUGCAUCAAUUAACACAAACCAUUAUCCGUUAGUUUGGUUUGGUUUUGGUUUUGGUAUGUUUACGUAAAUUUUGAAAAUCGAAUUAGAUUGACUACUCUUUACGCGAAGGUAAAUUUCAAUAUUAGAUGAUCAAAAAAAAAGUAGGAAUUGUGAUGGACAUGCAUUUCCAUUGCAUGUUGACCUUGACAUGACAACACCUCAACAUUCUAUAAUAAUAGUUUCGGUUAGUUUUGGUUACUGAUGUAAUUUCGUAGAAUCCAGUAGCGUGGCUAUAUUUAGAAAUUAAAAUUAAAUUAGCUCUAAACAUUUCAAAAUACACAUUUUACACAAAUAUAAAUUAUUAGAAAUGUUAAGUGUCUUAAAAAUAUUAAAUUAGGUUCCACCGCUGAACUUCUUAGGUGGACAGAAUUAUUCUGCUCUAUCAACUUCAUUAAAAAUAAAUACGUUGGUAUAAGAAAUUUUGGUAUAAAUAUUUUUUUGUGAAUUUGCUUUAGACAAUUUCAUAUUGAGACAUUUUCAACACCAAGGAGAUGUGAAAUGAUACAUAGGUAACUUUUAAAAGUAGAAUGUAACUGGAGCUUCAUAAUUACCACCCUGUAUAUAAAAAAUUAAGCAAUUCAAAAACCACUCAAAAAGGCAGCGACAGCCGUUGUAUACUGACGUCAUGUUCCAACGUAAUUUUGAGUCUUGCAAAAUUGGCGAGAUAUCCUGCAAAGCCAUAAAAGAAACUUCGGAAAAGGCACUUUCAAGGAAUAUUUAAUAUUUAAAGCUAUAUUUAAUAUUUAAAGCUAUUAGUCGUGCCAAGAAUGGGAUGUGGUUUUUAUGGUUUUUAUGAAAUACUGUGAUUUCUGAAAAGGCGUUUUUAACUAAUUGAAACAUAUUUAAUAUUUUAACAUUUUAGUGUCAGUUAAAAUUUCAGUAAUACUGAUCACUCUAAAUUAAUCAUGUUACUUCCCGUCCAUUCACAAAAGGCGUCCAUUUUGAAUUUGUAAUUCAAUUUUCGUUUUGCAUAUUUGGUUCGUCCGGCACAAAGAAUGGGAUGUGGUCUUUAUGAAUUGCUCGAUGAUACACGUUCGAAUUGUGGGGAAUUACAUUACCAUUUGUGGCACAAUACUUUUUGGUUACUUAUUUUUUUAAUUGUCUUAUGCGAUUGCACAAUUUGUAAUCAGAUAAUAACUUGUGGGCAUAAUCUAAAAUGAGGUAUUCAUGUGCAAAGUACCUAUAAUAUAUAAUGUCUUUAUUUAUAAAUUUAAUCAAUUCUUAAGUAUUAGUAUUGGAUAACAAGGAGGAUACACCACUUUAGGAAAUAAGGUCUUCACUAAUAUAAUGUUGGUAACCUAUAGUGCAUUUUUUAUUUACCUGUUUUUUUUGUUUCAAAUUUCGAAAACAGUUUUCUAAAAUGUCGCACAUACAAAAUUUUCCAAUGUGAUAUCCCACUAUCGAUGUGUCGUUGUGGUCGUCAGUGGUAGUUAAUAUUGAAGAUACAAAGAUGUCGUUUGCAGACUACGGUCCAACGCUGUUAGGACUUGUAUACGCCAUAUCUUUUUUAAUAUAAAUCAUAUUUUGAUUUGGUGAUGUUUGAAUUUAAAGCCGUUAUGUGUUUUAUUAUUUUAUGACAAAAGACAAUUAUUAUUUAUUAUGAAUUAUACUAAUAUAUUGUCUCAAAAAGCCAUUUUAUAGCUUCGAUAGUUUUAUUGUUACCUACAGAAUCCUAUAAAACCUAACUUUAAAUUCCUGUAUCAAUCAAUCACUAGCAGUUUAGAAUCCCAAUUUAAGUGUUUACAUUGACGCCCGGAAGUUCAAAACAUCCAAACAAUGAUUUUUGAAUAGAUUAUAUUGAUUAGAUUAUUAUAUUAUAAUGAUAUCAGAAUAGAUACAAUACAUAAAAUGUAAAAAAAAAUAUUUUGAGUGUUGAAGCAUCGCGAAAUACUAUAUCAUACAAGUUUGAUGAACGCCAUGUUAGUCUCUAGGUUAACUAAGAGCGAGCAGCGCUCAAAGGUGGGAGUGUUUAAAAUAAAGGAGUGAUUAAAGAAAUUUAUCGACGUGUUGCAGACUAAACUUUUUCUAAGACCAUUAACUUCUGAGAACAUUUUUGCAAAACAGCCUCGUUAAGUGACGUGUGACGUCAAAAUCAGAACUGACAAACAUGUGAGAAAAGUCACUCCCUAAAAUCUACCAAAAAAUCCAGUACUUCCCAAAUCCGUGGCUAAAGUACCGGAAACUUCCGAAUUGGCCCGCCAUAGUAGCUAACGGAGUGGACGUCUUACACUUUAUGCGGUCUUGAUUAGUACUGGGUGACUGGGUAUUUUAGGGGAAGUAGUAAAAAAAUAAAAUUUAAAUUGAACCAUUAGUGAAAACAACUAUAUAACGAAUAUAAAUUAUGCAAUGAAAAUUUAUUCUUGCAUUUAACAUUCGGACCCCGAAAAAACAAAACUUUGAGUUCAAAUUAUUUUCAAUAUUAGUAAUGUUCAAAAAGUAGCUUUUUAUCUUUAAUAAUAACGAAGUUUCGUACAAGGAACUAUAAUAAAUGGGACAUCCGGUACUUAGACAGAGAAUUUUAUUAGGCAUGACGAAUAGAACGAUUACUAUAUAACACUAGUAAAUAAAUUGGAGAAUAAUAUUAAACUGUAAUGAGGAUUUUAAAACGACCCUGAUCGGAUAUUUUCGGAUAUGCAGGAAGCACCGUUUAGUCUACCUUUAUUCCUGUACAUACACCCACAUCUGGUACGUAUUGGAAAUUCUCCUGCAAAAAGACGCACUGCAAAUUCAUUUUUUAAUCUUUGUAAAUAUUUUGCUACGUUCAGUAGAUCUUUUAUUCAUAGGCUUAUAUAUUUAUAUUUCAUUGCCCUAAAAAAUUUCAGCCAAUCUAUAUUAUU